AUGACAUUGUCUGAAACCGCGCCUGUUAUCUCCCGAAAACUAGGCAUCAGCGAAAACUUUUUCCGUUCUCGUACUUCCGUGGACUUUUACCGCAAUUUCUUUACUGUCGCGACCUACACCAGACCUUUAAUUGAUGAUAAGCCUUUGUUGUUUCGGGCUUUGCGCAAAUGUGUGCUUGAUUACCACAUACUAGUGUGCAAUGUCUUCAAAAACAGUACUGCUGGCUACUGUGAGGUUUUGCCAUUGCACAAUGUGACAUUCGGCGACUUGGUCGACUUUCAUGUUCAUCUGUCGCAGCCGUCCGGUGUGUCAGAGAAGUUGAUGGCAGAAUUGGGCGAAACAAAAUAUUUUGAGUUGUAUGUGCAGAAACCGCUUAUCAAACUCAUCGUUACUGGAAACUAUGACUUGGCUGCCGUUUUUGAGCAUACGCUUGCCGAUGGUGUGGUUGCUCGUCUAUUCCAUGAGAUAUUGUUGGACGCUUUAGCUUAUUGCGACUCGCCUUCGAACGAUCUGGAGUACUCUCGUUUGUACGGCACAGCUCCUUCUGCCGUGGACGCUGAUACAGUUGUUUUCAACUUAGAAGCCGACUCGGGCCGUUUGCGCAACUCGCUUCCGCCGCCAGCUGAAAUGAUAAUGCAAGAUCCUGUUUUCCCUUAUUGUGACAACGACCCAGAACACUAUUCCAAGAAAAUCCCACCAGGUUUCUCGAAAUGGCCUGGCUUUGCUCCUUCGACUCGCGAGUACAAAGUGGCCUACAAGCUUGUAAACAUACCAUCUCUGGAGUUGAGUAGGAUCCUUGCUAGAUGCAGAGAAGAAAAGGUAAGUCUCACAAGCUACGUUUCCCAUGUUCAAGCUUUGGCUCUUCAGCCUGUGUUUGGCGACUAUUAUACGCUGAUGUCCAUUUCGUUGACGCUACGGUGGUUUUUGACUGAGCAGAAGGUGGAAAAGCCGUAUCGGCCUAUUAUAGGCAAGAAGCUGUACAGAAUGUUGGGAAACUUCGCUCACAUGGGCGUUCCGGAACUUAUGGAGCCUGUGUACGCUUUUUCUUGGGAUAAGACGAGAUCCAUCCACGCCAACUUGCAACAAUCAAUAAAGAACGAUAAGGUGCUCAGCCUUCAGAAGAAUUUCUUUGAUAAUGCCCACGCGUUGGAAGAUAACGAAUCUUUCUUUACUCUGCAAUUGAACAAACGCAAAGGAGAUUCAGUUAAGCUCUCCAACUUGGGCUAUGCUGAUUUCCCUAUCCACAAGAUAGAGGGGAAGGAAGCGUGGUCCAUCAAAGAUGUUGUUUUCGCCCAACAUUUGGCACCAGCAGCGUCUGAAUUUGUGAUCAAUAUGAUCUCUAGUCCUGUCGGAGGACUCAACAUCGUUCUUUCGUUCUAUGAGCUUGGCCACGAUUUGAGCAAGUACGUCGAGGAUUUCCGGCAGCAGUUGAUGGUGAACUGUGCUUGA